AUGGGAGCUCAUAAUCCAUCAGUAACUCCAGAGCAAUUUAGCACAUCACAAUUGUGGAUUCAGAAUGGUCCUAAGGAACAAAUAAACAGCAUAGAGACCGGAUGGGCCGCACCGAUAAGUGGUAAUUGGUGGUUACGCUUUAGAAGGGAAGUGAUAGGUUACUGGCCGAAGGAUCUCUUUACUCAUCUUGCACAUAAUGCUUCUAUCAUCAGAUAUGGUGGAAUAGCAGGGGCAGUUUCUAAAAGUCCAAGUCCUCCGAUGGGAAAUGGACAAUUACCAAUAUAUAAAGAUUCUGAUAUUGAGAAGUCAGGUUUUAUGAGAGAAAUGAAGGUCUACAACGAAACAGGAGACACCGUUUACUUCGAUUAUACUAAAACGCAAACGAAACAAGAUGCGAGAAGGGAUUGUUAUGACCUUAAUUACUACUUUUCUGAGUGUGAUAAAUGA